UUUUUAAUUUAUUAAUUUAUUUAUGUUUAUUAUUAUUAUUUUAUUAUUAUUUAGUUAAACUCAGGAAUGUGUACACUCCAUAUCAAUAGGUGGCGGUAAUACACCAAAAAGUUGUUUGUCAACCGCCAUAAAACAACACAAAGAAGAAGAAGAAGAGUAAACACCAACGAAGAAGAAGAAGAAGAAGACUAAACACCAACGAAGAAGAAGAAGCAGAAGAACACGCUCUUCCGUCUCGUUCACCGGCUCUUCGUGGGUUCUUAGUGGGGUUUUUUCACUCUUAGUGGGUUUUUUUCCAGCCGCUAUGUCAGGCUCGACCUCCCCGCCUCCCCCUGCCGAGGCCCCGGGGCCGGAGGGCUGCUUCCCCCCCGGGUACAAGCCGUUCCGCCCGGAGGAGCACGGCCUGGAGAGCGGGUUCCGGCUCACAGGGUUCUCCGAGCUGAAGGGCUGAGGCUGCAAGGUCCCGCAGGAGGCUCUGCUCAGGCUCCUGGCGGGACUGGAGCCCACCCUGGAGCCGCUCCGGGCCCCGGGGAAGGCCGGGGAGCAAGGCUCGGAGCCCGGCCACACACCGGGACCACGACUCGGUGUGGGGAUGGACUGCUGUGUGAUCCCUCUGAGACAUGGAGGACUCUCUCUGGUCCAGACUACAGACUUCUUCUACCCCCUGGUGGAGGACCCCUACAUGAUGGGCAGGAUAGCGUGUGCUAACGUGCUCAGUGAUCUGUAUGCGAUGGGCAUCACAGAGUGUGACAACAUGCUGAUGCUGCUGAGCGUCAGCCAGAAGAUGAACGACAAGGACCGCGAGCGCGUGAUGCCGCUGAUGAUCGAAGGGUUUCGUGAUGCAGCAGAGGAAGGAGGGACGUCAGUGACGGGAGGCCAGACGGUGAUCAACCCCUGGAUCAUCGUAGGAGGAGUCGCUUCAGUCGUCUGCCAGCCCAACGAGUUCAUCAUGCCAGAUGGAGCUGUUCCUGGAGACGUCCUGGUUCUGACUAAACCUCUGGGGACUCAGGUGGCUGUGAACGCUCACCAGUGGCUGGAUCAGAGUGAAAGGUGGAACAAGAUCAAGCUGGUCGUCACCAAAGAGGAAGUAAAAGAGGCCUAUCAGGAAGCCAUGUUCUCCAUGGCAACGCUGAACCGCACAGCUGCAGGUCUGAUGCAUAAGUUCCAGGCUCACGCUGCGACGGACGUGACGGGUUUCGGUUUGCUGGGACACGCCAACAACCUGGCAGCUCAGCAGAGGAACGAGGUGGCCUUCGUCAUCCACAACCUGCCCAUCAUAGCCAAGAUGGCCGCCAUCAGUAAAGCCUGUGGGAACCUGUUCAACCUGGUGCAGGGAACGUCAGCAGAGACGUCUGGCGGGCUGCUGGUCUGUCUGCCCAGAGAGCAGGCGGCCAAGUUCUGCUCCGAGAUGAAGAGCCAGAGUUCAGGGUCUGGAGGUCAGGGCCUGGCCGGAGGAGCGUGGAUCAUCGGCAUCGUGGAGAAAGGCGACCGCCGCGCUCGCAUCAUCGACAAACCUCGCAUCAUCGAGGUUCCACCUCGAGGAAGUCAGGCAGCCAAUCAGGACAACAACUCCAGCAGCAGCCCCGCCCCCAGCCCCAACCUGGCCCAAUAGACUCUGGCCCUGUGUGUGUGUGUGUGUGUGUGUGUGUGUGUGUGUGUGUUGAUCCCCUUUUUAGUCCAAAUGCUGAGACACACAGAUCAGGAUCCCUGUCAUCUUUAAUAUUUAUCCAUUUUCUCUUUCUUGAUCCAUAAACAACCGAUUUAUUUUAUUCACCUGAAUGAAAAAAAUUACUUAUAAAUUCUCAAGAGAAAACAUUCCAGAUAAUAAAGUGUGUGUGUGUGUGUGUGUGUGUGUGUGUGUGUGUGUGUGUGUGUGUGUGUGUGUGUGUGUGUGUGAGAUCUCUUGGCUGUGGGGACGUGGAGGUUUUUUUUUUUUUUUUGUUGACUUUCCUUUGGAGGUAGAAAAUAAUGUUGACUCCAGUUGGUGAAUAUCUAAAUCAUGUGGGGAACAAACAGAAAACAAUCACAUAUUUAGGAGACAAAAAAAUCACGAAUUUCAUGAGAAAAAUAUACAAAUUUACGAUAAAAAAAAACCCCCUCAAACUUUUGAGGAAAAAGACAAAUUUACGAGAAAAAAAAUCACAAACUUACGAUCCAAAAAUUCUAAUUUCCGAUUAAAAAAAUGACAAAUUUAAGAGGAAAAAAUCUCAAAUUUAGGAGAAGAAAAUCAAAUAAUUUGAGAAAAAAUUACAAAUUUAAGAGAAAAAAUUAUACAAAUUUACGAUUGAAAAAAACCCUCAAAUUUUUGAGGAAAAAGACAAAUUUACGAGAAAAACUCGUAAAUUUGUACGAGAAAAAACGAGAAAAAAUUUAUGAUAAAUUCUCAAGAGAAAACAUUACAAAUCACCAGAUAAUUGUGUGUGUGUGUGUGUGUGUGUGUGUGUGUGUGUGUGUGUGUGUGUGAGAGAGAGAGAGUGCUUUGCUGUGGGGUCGUGGUGGUUUUUGUUGACUUUUAGAUGAUGUUAAUGUUGAUUCCAGUCGGUAAAUGUCUAAGUCAUGUGGGAAUAAAAACAGAAAUGGUUAAUUGUGAGUCUUGGCUCCGCCCACGCGGUCCAGAGGAAGGUUGAGCAGCUUCCUGUGGACCAGCUGGGUGGAGGUCAGGUCUGUCUGUCAGCUGAUUGGCUGUCCAGCAUCAAGCCCCGCCCACUCUUCCUCUUUAUGAAGCUCCGCCUCUAAACCCCGGCCGACGGGGGCAGGCGGAGUGGAUGUUUGCCUUUGGAUUGGGGUCGGACUUGGACUGCUGGAGGUCUUCAGCUGUCUGUGUUUCUAGAUUUCCUGCUUUUCAUAAUCAAUAAAACUCAUCUCACACUGACAGAAA